AUGGUCUCUCAUAGCGCCUCGCAGCGCUAUCUGAGCACACGCGGAGGCUCUUACGACGUAUGUCCCCCUCCAGCAACCACGGACGCAGGAGCUCACGCUGAGACAAGGAAUUCAUGUAGCUCUCCUUCGAAGACGUCGUGCUCAAAGGUCUCGCCAACGAUGGCGGCUUAUUCAUCCCCGAAGACAUUCCCGCUCUUCCUACCGACUUCCUCUCCAAAUGGCGCAACUACUCCUUCCAAGACCUUGCCUACGAGAUCUUCUCCCUAUACGUCAGUCCCGAGGAAAUCCCCGCCGCCGAUUUGAAGGACAUCAUCCAUCAAUCAUACGCCCCGUUCCGCGCAGACGAGAUCACGCCCUUGGUCACGCUGAAUGAACAGAAGAAAGUCCAUCUGUUGGAGCUGUUCCACGGACCAACCUUCGCAUUCAAGGAUGUCGCAUUGCAGUUUGUGGGCAACUUAUUCGAAUACUUCCUUGUGAGGAGAAAUCAGGGCAAAGAAGGCAAGCACAGGGAGCAUCUGACAGUCAUUGGAGCGACAAGCGGGGACACAGGAUCUGCGGCCAUCUACGGUUUGCGAGGGAAGAAGGAUGUCUCCGUCUUUAUUAUGUACCCCAAGGGUAAAGUGAGCCCGAUUCAGGAGGCACAGAUGACGACCGUGACAGACACAAAUGUGCACAAUCUUGCAGUUGCAGGUACCUUUGACGACUGCCAGGUAAGGCGAUUUGGCCCGGAACGCACUGCCUUUGGCUGACAUCCCGGGAUAGGACAUCCUCAAGACACUCUUCGCGGACAAAGAAAUCAAUCAGACACUUCGUCUGGCCGCAGUGAACAGCAUCAACUGGGCUCGUAUCCUUGCGCAAAUCACAUACUACUUCCACUCCUACUUCUCCCUCGCCCGCAUGACAGGCGAAGAAAAGCCAAUCGCUCGGUUUGUGGUUCCCACAGGCAACUUCGGCGACAUUCUCGCAGGCUACUUUGCUACUCGUAUGGGUCUACCCGCUGAUAAGCUGGUUAUUGCAACAAACGAAAAUGACAUUUUGCAUCGCUUCUGGAAGUCUGGAAACUAUGAGAAGCAGGAAAAGCAUGGAGAAGAUGCCAAGGGUGGCUUUGCAGAUGACGGCGCUAAGGCAGACCCCAGCGGUGUCAAGCAGACCUAUGCGCCAGCAAUGGAUAUUCUGGUUAGCUCAAAUUUUGAGCGACUGCUUUGGUAUCUGGCUUUCCGGACCAGCGACAUUGAGGAGACAAAUCACAGACGAAUGGAAGCCGGAGAGAAGGUUAAGGGCUGGCUCGAGCAGCUCAAGGAGGAAGGCGGUUUCAGUGUUAGCAAGGAAAUUCUGCAAGCUGCCAAGGAGAACUUUGAGAGUGAGCGGGUGAGCGACCAGCAAACCAUUGACACCAUCAAGCACAUGUACGGCCAAAGACUGCCGUCAACGAAGCAGUCUAACGGCAAGCCCGCGACCUCGGGAACUGAACACGACGGCCACUAUAUCCUUGAUCCACACUCCGCCAUUGGACUUGCGGCCACUUUACGAUCCGUGGAGGGAAGUACAGCGCAUCACAUCUCCCUCGCGACAGCGCAUCCCGCCAAAUUCUCACAUGCAGUUCAAUUAGCGCUGGGGGAUCAGCCGGGCUUCUCGUUUGACACUGUGCUCCCAGAGCAAUUCGUUGGCUUGGAGGAGCUUCCAAAGCGGAUAACGGACAGCAAGGCAGAGUGGCAACAAGUGCGGGAGAUUGUAGUCAAAGAAGUCAACGAUGAGUUGAAAGGACAGCGGUAG